AGGAAUUGGCUGACUUCCUCCAUUGUCUUUUUCUGAAUUACCUGUUAGAAAGAAGAAGAGGCCCCGCCCCAUGGUGAGGUCACAGAGGGAAGGAGGGGGAGGGGAGCAGUGAGACAGCCAGUGCACCUGAGACAGCAGCAGCGGGGCGAGAGAGGCCGAGCGAGUGAAGGGACAGAGAAGGGCCCGUCUCCCCUAGAGGAGCCCCCCAUUAAGCCGUACGGUGGUGCUGAAGGACAGCUCCGCGCCCCUGGGAUACGGGAUUGUUUCAGCCGGAGCGCUCAGCCUGUUGUUUGUGUCAGACUGAAGGGUCCCCCCCCCCCGGCUCCAUUCACUUUAACCUGCCCCCCCCUUCUACUCAUGGAUGUAGCGCUGCACUAGCCCGACACUGCGAGGGAGGCCCCUACCCAUCAUGGUGCCCGUCAUUAAAGCCCUGGAUGUGUAUGAUGUACAGCAGGCCCGGAUCUCUGCCUCACUCAGCUGGCUCAUCUACCGAUACUAUGGCAAAGAGGUCCCUGCAGAGCUGUGCUCCCCCUGCUACACAGACCAGUAUGAACAAGAACACGUAAAGCCGGCAGCGAUCGCCCUCCUCUUGUCCGCUGAUAUCUACUGCAGAGCUUACCGCAGAGCACUGCCCCAUGACAGCUCCCCACCCCGGGACAAUGCCGGCCUUCUCCUUAUGUUGGCACGGAAGGGCUUGGCACCAACAAACCAGGGAGAGCCCGUGAAAACCUCAGAUCUGAGAGAGAAGCCUAUCCGCAUGGCUGCCCACCUCGCUCUGAUUGACUCUCUGAUGACUCUCUACUCAAUCCACUGCACUGCGCCCCUCCCUCCUGAUGCAGAGAUUAGCCUGACCAGCGUGGAGACUAAGCUUCUUGAUUGGAUAGAUAAGGUAAAUAACCAUCUUCUUGAUGAAGCUGAAAGGGAGCAAGGGAAGAAACAGAUGUCCGCCCCAGAGGGGCAGAACCAGGCCGGGUGCCCCUCCCGCUGGUACUGGAAACUGGUCCCUCAUGCCAUCGCUUUUUGUUUAAAGGAGUCUGGGAAUAAGCCUCCCGUGAUUCGCUAUCGGAAGGAUAAAGCUCUCUCCAGGCAGACGCCCUGCUUCACUGCUGUCUCAUCACUGAGGGACCUGUCUAACGGGAGCGCUCUCGCUGCCACUGUACAUUACUAUUGCCCCGCGCAGCUCAGGCUACAGGAUAUCUGCUUGAAGGACACCAUGUCAGUGGCCGACAGUCUCUAUAACCUGCAACUCCUGAGAGAGUUUUAUGCUCAGCACUUGCCUCCCUCCUGCCCCCUCUCCUUGGAGGAUCUACUGUACGUGCCCUCUGCCCUAAAGGUUAAUCUUGUAGCUCUCCUGGCUGAUCUCUACCUGUGCUUUGAAGUGGCCAAACCUGACUUUGUGCAGCCCAAAGAUGUGUACCUGCACAGUGAGAGUGCAACGCCUUCCAGUGCACACAGUGGGGGGUCCCCAGUCUUCAACUUCAACCGGCCUGGCAACACGGGCUCCCUUCCUCAUUCCUCUUCAAUGUCCCACAUGGAAGGAUUUGGAAAGGCGUGGGUAAAAAACCCUCUGAGUCAUCCGCUGUCUCAAGCAGUCUCCUUCAGCAUUCCCUUUGGCUUGGACAGUGAUGUAGACAUUGUGAUGGGGAAUCCUGUAAACAUCAUGCGCUCUGUCAGCUCUGACAGCCUCAAUCCUCCAGCUUUCCCCCCAAAGUCUCCCAGCUGUGUCAGCCGGGCCACCUACACCCCACCUGAGGAUGCUGCUGAACUUCGCACGUUAAAGAAGGUUCCGGGGAAAGUGACCUCUGAUCUGAAUUCUCAGGAUAAAACUGCUGGGAGCCCAGGGGUGCAGUCGGACCUCCCCACAAUUGAGGAAGCCCUACAAAUUAUUCAUAGCUCAGAGGCACGUCAUCUGCCAGAUGGAGCACCAGAUGGAUUUUAUCUUCACUCUCCUGAGGAGGCAAAGCCCCCCAAAGUUGAAGAGUUAGUGGUUACCCCAAAUGUGGGUGUCUACAGGACACAUAAUGCUUCCAGGAGGCUCUCCCGGGAUGAUGACUCUGUUCUAAGGGACAACAGCCUGGACUCGGAUGCAGAGGAGACUAAACCCGCUCAGGAUUCUAGCCGGAGCUCUCUCAGCUCACAAGCAGAUUCUAGUACAGGACCAGGGACAAAAAUGACCAGUUUUGCUGAGAAAAAAAAGAAAAUAAAUGCCAAAGCGACUCCAGAAGGUUCUCCCUCAUCUUUGCCUUUGAACUCUCCCAAUACCACCACAUGGGCUCAGAAGGCUGAGGAGUCUCCUGUGAAGAGUCCAGCCUUAAAUUCAGAGAUGAACCAGCUGAGUGCCCGGCUUGAAGAGAAACGGAAGGCCAUUGAGGCACAAAAGAAAAGAAUUGAAGCCAUCUUUGCUAAGCACCGCCAACGGCUAGGCAAAAGUGCGUUCCUUCAGCUUAACAAAAAAGAUGGAGAGGAAGGAGAGGUGGAAGAAGGGAAACUAUCUCCAGAUGAAGGUCUCCCCAAGGAGCUAGAUGAUGAAGGAAGGAGGAAGCAAUUCUCAGAAGAUGAAAACAAUGAUGAAAAAUCAGAUGUUGUGAUGCGACCCCGAGUUGAGAAACAAGUCAGCUUCUCACCUGAUGUGGCAAAAGAAGGUCUGGAUAACAAUCUGGGGGAUUAUAACCGUGCUGUAGCUAAACUGAACAAUGCACUGUCCUCCCUCCAGUCAGAUAUGAAAAGGUUGUCUGAUCAGCAGGACAAGAUGAUGAAAAAGGAAAGCAAGGCCUGGGUCAUUCCAGCCCCAAAAGCCUCACCACCUCCACAUCGACCCAAAUCUUCACCUCCUGUUCGCCUCACACGAGAAAUUCAGGCUCCUCGUUCCUCCUUACCUGCAUCCCCCUCACAUUCCCCAUCCCGUUUUGUUCCAAAGUCUCCCCAGCCCAAUGCAAGGAGGUCUUACCAACCUGUGCCUAUAACACCCAAAAGUCCCAAGACUAAUCGGCCAGUUGAACUUAAGCUCCCUCCCGUAAACAGAGUCCUCACUCUUCCACAUAAUGUUGAUACCAUACCUCAUCUGCGCAAGUUCUCCCCAAGCAAAGUGCCAGAUCAGACAAAGACAUCCAUAUAUGUUACUCAUAAGGGACUAGAGGGAGAAGAGGAUGGAGAGACUGUCCCAGCUGUAGAAGGCCAUGGUAACAUGCGGCCUGUUGCUUCUGUGGUGCCACAGAGUAGUGGAGUGGCCCCUUGGACUGAAGAGACAGAGUCAAAGAGAAGCAGUUUGAUAGAAAUACCACUGUCAGAUUUAAGGGCUGCAGAAGAUUCUGAGACUGAAGGCCCAGACUCACUGGAGGGAACACCAGGAGAAGACGAACUGCAGAGAGGGGGAGUUGGAUUCUUUUUUAAGGGCGAGGAGCGGACAGAAGAUGAGAUGGCACAGAGAAGGGCAGCUCUCUUGGAAAAGCAACAGAAGAGGACAGAGGAAGCAAAGAAAAGGAAACAGUGGCAAGAAGAAGAGAAGGAGAAGAAGGAGGAGGCAAGCCGCCAGCAGCAGCAGCAGGAGGAGCAGAAGCGCAAAGAGGAGGAAGUAGUGGCACGGAGGGGCGACUUCACCAGGAAGGAGUAUGAACGCCGGCUGCAGCUAAAGAUCAUGGAGGAUUUGGAUAAAGUUCUACGGCAGAAGCCCAUGACAGUUCGGGCAGUUAAAAAGCCGCGCCCAAAGACUGUCUUCCGAGACGACUCUGUCAUUUCCCGGAGUCCAGUUCGAGGCCUACUAGGUUCCAAGCUCAGUAAAGUCUAUUCCCAGUCCACAAUGUCUCUGUCCACUGUUGGCAAUGAAAGUGGUUUUAGCACUAUGAAAAAAUCUCCUAAAUCCCCAAGAGCCAUGUCACCUUGUGGCCCAAUGUCUCCAAUUAAAGGUACCUUUGCUCAGAAUGGGGACAAGGACUGGGACGCUGCAUCCACCGCAUCAUCUCCCGCGUCUAUCCCAGAAUAUACUGGUCCCCGUCUCUACAAAGAGCCAAGCGCUAAAUCAAACAAGUUUAUCAUACACAAUGCUUUAUCUCACUGCUGCCUCGCUGGCAAGGUCAACGAAUCCCAGAAGAUCAAGGUUCUAGAGGAUAUGGAGAAAAGCCCAGCCAACCACUUCCUGAUUCUCUUCCGUGACAACAGCUGUCAGUUCCGGGCAGUCUAUGCCUUUUCCGCAGAGACGGAAGAGCUAAGCCGCUUGGCCGGCAUCGGUCCUCGUACGAUCAGCUUGGCUAUGAUAGAAGACAUCUACAAAUACAGCUCAGACCGAAAGCGCUUUACGCAGAUACCAAGCAAGACCAUGUCCAUGAGCGUCGAUGCCUUCACUAUACAGGGCCAUCACUGGCAGAGCAAAAGGCCAACGACUCCCAAGAAGGCAGGCACGCCAAAGUGAAUACAUCCUCAGUCGUCUUCAUCUGGGUACCAAUGUGUGGUGCUGCCCGGGCUCUUCAGACUGGCACAAAUACCACCUUUUCAGUUGCGGUCUAUUAGCUGUCCUGUGUUGAGUUUUUGCUCAAGUGGUGCCUGUUUUGAAUUGAGUAUGGUCAGGCUGGUGUUCACUUUUGCUUGGGCCCAACUGUUUUCAUUCGGACCUCUCCUAGUUCCUUUACUUCAUCUCAGCCCCACUGGAUCUAAAGAAGCCGGUGACCACUGCCUCCUAAGGUGGUGCCCACUUUGCCCUCCUUCCUCAGGGUGGACUGGCUUCAUAUUGACUUUUUCUCUGUUAUGGAAUGUUAUUACAUGAUGGGCUUGGGUAGAACUUUCUCUCUGCAUUUAUUAGUCGAGCUGUCCUACAGCCCCCUUUUCUUUUUAACCCCCCUCCCUUAUUGCUACUCACUGCCCCCCUACUAAUGUGCCAAGCUGUUAUUCACUGCCCAUUCUAAUUUAAACAAAGCUAUUGCCCACUUAGGCCAGUGUUACCCAUGUCUCUUUUUUAGUUUCUGCUGAAAUGGUGCCUUCUGUCUGUUGGUGGCCAAGGUGCAAUUCACGGCCCCUAGACUUAGUAGAAAGGAGGUCUUCUUACUUAAGGCACAAUAUUCUGCCAUUAUCUCUGGUUAAUUGGAAUCUUUUUCUUCUGAAGGUAAAGAUGAAGGUUACUUUGUAUAUCAUGUAUAGGUUUUGCCUUUAUGAAGAUGGACAUGGCCUCAGACCCUAUUAUUAUUAUGUGUCCACACAUACUUGUUAUGGGGUAUUAUGCUUAUAACCAUCCUUUCAUCCUCCCAAAUACCAGAAACCCCACUGCCUGACUUGAUACUGCCCAUUAGGCUAUUUAGCUGCCCCGUCCUUCUUUCCCUACAACUAUGACAUCCUUCGACAUUACGUGCUUGCCUACACUAUUUGUUUGAGUGAAUACUGGGUGUAUAAGAAGCUAAUGUGUAUUUAUAUUAUGUGCUGUAUAGCAAGGGAUCAAAGAAUAUAUUUUAUAGAAUGAAAAGUCUGUGUGUGCUUGGGGCAUUUGGCAGGCCUUUGUGGUUGUUUCUGAAUGAGCAUCGGAUACACAGUGCCACUUCUCAUCUGCUAUUCACGUGCCUGCUACAGCAAACAAACUGGGUCAAUACAAUAUAAACGUUUUUUUUUUUUUUUAAUUUUGCCUUACACUAAGAUUUUCUACCUUCUCUUAUAGUUGGUGGAGAAUGCGCCUUUUUCUGUUUUGGAUUAAACCUUCUAAGCAGUGGUAGAAGCUAAAAGGUGGAGAGCUGGGGUCGUUGCAAUGAGUUGGACUGCAGAUCUGACAUAGUACAAAUAUCCAGAUCUUCAAAUUAAAGUCAUGGGCAGAGAGGGUUCUUCCAUGUGUGGAGAGAUCUGUUAGCCAGGAGACCCUUCUUGGCACCCCCUCAAUGAAUUAAAGUGAGCUUUAUUAUUAAGUAAGCUAUGACUAACUGUGGGAAAUAGUGGGUUUACUGUAUAGUCAUUAGCCUUCUGCUAAUGACAACUCGGCUCUGGUCAAAGUGAUCAACGGUGAGAUCAAGCACAUUCAUGUGCCAUCUUUCAAGGAGAGCACAACUCCUCUACUGUUCAUAUGGAAGUCUUGUCUUCUUUAUGGGGCUUUACUUUGUAGUUACUUGUGCGCUUAAAGCAAAGCCAUCACUGAAACUGGCUUAUUCCCCUCCCCAUAACUACAGCGCACAAGUUACUACUGCUGUUUCCUACAGAGCCUGGUUCCUGAUGGGCUUUCAUGGUUUUCUUCAGCAUCACACAAGCUGCACCCUGUAACAAUCUAUAUUAGGAGGGGGGGGUUAUUUUUUUUUCCACAAAACUCUUCUAUACACCCAAUCCCCUGGAGAAGUCUACCUGAACCACUACCCCAUUCUUAAUUCCCCAACAGAGAAAAAUAUAAAAUGGCAUAUAUUCACUUCAUUUACCUUCUGCUAAUAUAUAUCAAGAUUGUCCCCAGCCCUGCCCCCGAGGACUUAUCCACACCCCCCAAGAGUACAAGCUACAUCUCUA